UUACUGCUGCACAAUAACCUGAUCUGCAGGAGGGUCUCUUUUCGCCCCUAGUCGGGGAAACAUUUGAAACCCUCCAAACAAAUCCUCCCUCCCCGUUUUCUUUCGUCCAAAAAUGGCACAGCAGGGACCCCUGUCCCGUGCGGGGGCUCAACUGCGCCUAAACCCUGCCCAAAUGAAACUUUCAAAACCCCGCGUGAGAGCUGGAAAGCACAAUCCUUGGAAAACUGGCUUUUAGGCAUAGUUAUAGGGGGAAUUUAACACUGGACGGAAAGAGAACAAAGGGGAGGGACAGUCAACUUGAUGGACUCGGAGAUGAGAUAGCGCACAUAACCUCCCCUACCUCCCCAUCCUUCUUCAUCGGACGGACAGUCACUUUUCUUUCCGGAUGAUGUAACUGUUUUAUGGGAGACUCCGCUCGGAUUUACCGCCGCUGCCUACAAAGUGGUCAUAUUUUCCUGUAAUUAUCAGUGCGCGGUGAUUUUUGACGACUCCACGCAUCUUCCUCCUCCUGCCUGCCUGCUUUAAUCUUCGGUGAGGGGGUCUGUCUCAGCGGGACGUUGCGCAGUGCUCAACCGGAGAACGGCUGGUCCCCAGGGCCGGUGAGCCGUGGUGCAGUCAUGUGGCAAAGAAUUCAGAUUUGCUGCGCACUGUUUGCACUGUAUUCAGCGGCACCGCCUGCGCACAUCAACCGCCUGGCGCUGUUCCCUGACAAGAGCGCUUGGUGCGAAGCCAAGAACAUCACACAGAUAGUUGGGCACACGGGAUGUCAGCCUCGCUCUAUUCAAAACAGAGCUUGUCUGGGCCAGUGUUUCAGCUACAGCGUGCCCAACACCUUUCCACAGUCAACUGAGUCUCUGGUGCACUGUGACUCCUGCAUGCCUGCCCAGACACAGUGGGAAGUGGUGACUUUGGAGUGCCCGGGCAGUGAAGAGACUCCUCGUGUGGAUAAACUGGUGGAGAGGAUCUUCCACUGCAGCUGCCAGUCCUGCAGUAAAGAAGGCGCCCAGGAGGGGGCAGUGAUGCAGCUCUACCCAUCAGACAGUGGCCUGGACACUCCGUCUUUAUCUGAAGCCCUCGGAGGGGCUCAGGCUCACACUCACACUCAGCCACACACAGAUCUGCACUCGAAGCACGCUCACUCACACACAGACCAUCAUGCACUACCACACACAUCUGAAGGAGGGUAGCUCCCUCUUCUGUUUUUCCACUCAUCUUUCACUCCCCCCCACCCCCACCCCCAUAUGUCUCCAUCCCACAGCACCAUGUUUCAUCCUCUUUACCAACCUGUAGUACUGCAAAGGCACUUUGAAGAUAUGACUUCACAAUGUGUUGAAAUGUUCUUUUUACAAGCAGACACACACACACACACACACACACACACACACACACGCACACAGUCAUGCUACAAAACACGUCCUACUGUAUAUAAAGUAAACUCAUACAAACACACACCAGGCUAUGCACUCCUUUUGUUUGCUGAUUAACACAUGCAUACAUGCGUUUGUGCACCCAGACGUGACUAUAGUCUGUUAACAAGCUGUAGUGUCAUUACUUUUAACCUGCUUUGAAUGCAAUAAAUCCUGUUGUUUAAAA